CAGUUUUUUUUUGUAUUGCAUUUAUUAUUUUAAUAAAAAUAAACAAAAAUUAUUAAAAUUAGAAGAAUAUUAUACUGUACUUAUUAAGAAUGUCUAAAAAUGGAGCGGUUUUACAAAGUUUUAAUAUAGAAUUAGUUAAAUAUACCGAAUUUAUCAGAGAUCGAAACGAGCAGAUUAGUUUAGAAAUCAAAGAAUUAGAAGAAGAGAAAAAGCAGGUAACUGACAAAAUCAUUGCUUUAGAAAAAGAAUUAUCAAUAAUUAAUAAAAAUUUGGAUGAAAAAUAUAAGAAAAAAGAAAAAUGCCAGCAAGCUAUAGAUCAAUCAAAUAUUGGAAUUGGAAAAUUAUUAGAUAGUAUUAAAAGUUUAACAUCUUUAAUGAGAAAAGAAGCUGAACAAGUUCAAGAAUAGGAUAAUUAAAAUCUUUUUAUUGAAAAGAAAGACUCUAAUAAAAUGUUAACUUAGAAUUCUCAUUUUAAAGUUAGUUGGUACAUAAUGCAAAAUUUACUUUUAAAAUUGAAAAAAAUACAAUAAAAGUUAUUCAAAAGAAAAAAAUACAUUGAAAAAAUCAAAUUAAUUAAAAUGGUAAUAAAAGUUUCAAAAUUUUGUCAAUCUUAGAUUGUGUACUCACUUUAAUACUCAGUAAGAACGGAUAUAGUUUUUUCGCAGUUUCGCAUAAU